UCUGGCUAUGGCUGUGGAUACGGCUCUGGCUAUGGCUGUGGAUACGGCUCUGGCUAUGGAAGUGGCUGUGGCUGUGGAUAUGGCUCCUACUACAGGUCUGGCUGCUGUGGCUACGGGCCAUCUUGCUACAGAAGAUGCUAUUCUUGCUGUUAG